AUGGAAACGGUGGAAAUACACUCCAAGGAUUUUUUGAUCAAAUGGAUCAACGUUCCUGAAAAUUCCAUUAUAGAUUGGCAAGUCAAACCCCUCAAGAAAUCAAUCAACUUUGCUUUUUACCAAAAGAAGGACCUUGACGAUUCUCAAUAUUCUUCAGAAAUUCUGAGUAAUUCUCAUAGCGGCGAUCAUACCAAUUCAGAUACUCCUCCUAUACCCCAUAGAUUAAGAACAGGCUCUACCGCUUCAGUAAACCAGUUUACCAAGCCAAAUGACGUGUAUAAAUCAAAAUCAAGAACCUCAAUAUUGUCAACCAUUGGAGAUUCGAAUUUGGAAUUGGUGAAAAACUACAACAAAUUGAUUGCCAAUGAACUAGUACGCGGCAAAUACGAGGCUCCGCAUGGUGGGAAGUUUGCAUUCGUCUUUGAUAAUUCUUUUUCCAAAACCAUUGCCAAGUCAGUCGAGUUCUCAGUCGAAAUUGUCGUUUCGGAACCCACUUUAGAUCACCAUGAAAGUCUCGCUUUACAGCAAAAUGAUCAAAACGUGUUUGAAAGGACUGAAAACGGUGAUGAUGCCCCUGGUCCUGGCGAUAUUCUACAGAGUGUCAUGUUGAAAAAGAGAAGAAAGAAAAUGCAAGGUUUUGUUAAACGUUAUUUUGUUUUAAAUUUCAAGAGAGGAACAUUAUCGUACUUUAGAGUUGAUGAUAACAAGUUGAGAGGUCAAAUGCUCAUUAAGGAUUCUAUCAUUUCGGCUAAUCCUUCAAAACGUCAACUUAUCAUUGAUUCAGGAAUGGAGGUUUGGCAUUUGAAGACAAUUAACAAAGCCGACUUUAAUGCAUGGGUGAAUGCUUUCAACGCUAUUAAGAAGGAAGAGACUCAACAACAACAACAGCAACAACAACAACAACAGCAGCAGCAGCAACAACAACAACAACAGCAAAAUGGUUUUUCAUCAUCUGCAGCUUCCAUUGCUGCAUUAUCAGCGAUUGCUAAAAAAUUGGAUAAAUUACGUGUUGAACAACCAUCUUCUAUAGUUGACGAUAUACAUCAGGAUGUAGUGACAUUAUUAGCAAAAAGUAGAAGUGAGCAAAGCCUUGUAUCAUUAUCUGCAGACACACAAUCAAUAUUUUCUAGUGAUUUUCAUGAUGCUGAAGAUCAUUUUGAAGAUGAGGGAGUCAUGUUCUUUGAUGACGGUGGAGCUCAUACGCCACAAGGUGAUGAAGAAGAGGAAGAGGAAGAGUACCAAGUUGAGGACGAGUCAUCGGAGGGCGAAGAGGAUGAUGAUGAGGUGUAUCCAGGUAAAACCACAGGUGCACAUGUGAAAUCAGAAGAACAAUUACCCAAACCAACAGUUGUGGACGAGGACAACUUGUAUCCAUUACCACACGAGCCUGUUGCAAGAUCAACCGAUAUCCCAGUGUGUACUCAUUCUCCUCCAUCUUUAUUGAGUUUUGUUCGUAAAAAUGUUGGUAAAGAUUUGUCAACUAUAGCCAUGCCCGUUACUUACAAUGAACCAACAACCGUAUUGCAAAAAUUUGCAGAGAUGCUUGAGUAUCCAAAUGUUGUGACAAACGCGUUAGACUCUGAAUUUAGAGACGAGUCAGGUGAGAAACUUUUGAGGAUUGCAGCAUUUGCAUUAAGUCCUCUUUCUUCUACACGUGCCAAGGAAAGAAACAAAAGAAAACCAUUUACUCCAUUAUUGGGUGAGACUUAUGAAUUGGUACGUGAAGAUUUAGCAUUUAGACUAAUUUCAGAAAAAGUUAGUCAUAGACCACCAGUUUUUGCUUUUCAUGUUGAUACUGAAAAUUGGAUCAUGAACUUUGCAUUAUCCCCGUCACAAAAGUUUUGGGGGAAACAGUCUGAAGUAACCACUAAAGGGCUAGUUGUUUUAACUGAUAAGAAUACCGGUGAAGAGUUUACUUGGACUCAAGCUACACAGAUGAUAAAGAAUAUAAUUGCUGGUGAAACGUAUGCUGAACCCACUGGUACUAUGACAAUUAAGUCAUCAAAUGGAUAUAAGGCAGUAGUUGAGUUUGCAAAAGGUGGUAUGUGGAGUGGUAGAUCUGAGGGAGUUACUAUUAAAGUUUUUGACAAUAAAAAGAAUGAAUUACCAUACACAGUAACAGGUAAAUGGACUGAGGAUCUUAUAUUGCAAACCAACUCGACUGAAAAAAGUAUUUGGCAAGUUGGUGAUCUAGUACCUGAUUAUCAAAAGAAGUAUGGAUUUACUACAUUUGCAGCAACUUUGAACAAGAUCACCGAGAUUGAAAAGGGGAAUAUUCCACCAACAGACUCAAGACAUAGGCCAGACUUACAAGCUUACGAAAAAGGUGAUAUAGUUGCCGCUGAGAAUUUGAAGGUUAAACUUGAACAAGAUCAAAGAGAAAGGAGAAAACAAUUAGAAGAUGCUGGUGAAAAACAUGUUCCUCAGUUUUUUAAAUUCAAAGGUGAUGGACCGGUUGACGAAGGAAGAUGGGAACUUAUUCAAGGUGAAAAUAGCUACUGGAAUAGAAGAAAAAGACAAGACUGGGGUGGGUUGACAAAAUUAUGGUAA